AUGGCCAGCACCACGCCGAACACGUCGCUGUACGUAAAAAACAUCAAUUCGAAGGUCAAGAAGCCAGAGCUGCGCCGGCAAUUGUACUGCCUCUUUGGUAGCUACGGCAAGGUGAUUGACGUCGUAGCGACGCGUGCCGAUGGCAUGCGUGGCCAGGCCUUUGUGGUAUUCCGCGACCUGCAAAGUGCUACGUCUGCCUUGCGUGCGCUGGACGGCUUUGAGUUUUAUGAAAAGCCGCUCGUUCUUGAAUAUGCGCGGACGCGCUCCAAGGCCACGAUCGUGGCAGAGCACGGCGAGGAAGCGUUGCUGCGUCCUGACUUGCUCUUUAAGCGCGCCGAUGGCACUUCUAUGCGUGGACGCAUCACGUACUCGAAUGCACAAGGGUCGCAGGACAAGAAGCGUCCGCACGAAGAUGCGCCUGUGGUGUCGAACGUGGUGCCCCCUGCUUCCGGGCCCGAUUCGGACGGACGGCCGCCAAAGACGGCUCGCACCGAGCCUGAGCCUGAGGAAACUGAUGACGACGCUAUGGAAAUCGGCGACUCGGACAAUGAGUAG